CUCCCCCUAGGAAUCUACACAAGUGUUUCCCAACCAGGGAUGCCUCCAGCUGUUGCAAAACUACAACUCCCAGCAUGCCCGGACAGCCUUCGACUGUAGUUUUGCAGCAGCUGGAGGCACCCUGAUUGGUAAACACUAUCCUGUGUAUACAGCGGGAGGCGUGUGUGAUCCUGUGUGAGCUCCAUACUAGCACUGAGGAGGGAGGGCCCGGGCCCUGGACGUGUGUUGUUACAGAGGAGGAGGAGGAGGAGGACUGAGAUGUGGAAGGACACGGGGAGGUCCCUGCUCUUUGCACUGUCCUGACUCUAUCGCUCUCUCUGCACGUCCUGCAUUCUGUCUCAGGGACAUUUAGAGGGUCUUUGCAGGGGGGGGAGGACGUGAGGAGGGGUCACUACUAUUUCUAUGUCCCAGCUGCCCUCGAUCUGACAAGGAAACCCCAGCCUGGAAACCACAAUGCAGUCCACUAGGCAGAUCCGGGUCCUGAUGCUCAACGACAUGGAGAAGUUGGAUAAGAGACUCUUUCGGCUCGAACAAGGGUUUGAGCUUCAGUUCCGGCUGGGAUCCACUUUACAGGGGAAAGACGUCAAUGUCUACACCAACUACCCACCUCCCGGCGCUACCUAUGACCGCCAGACCUUCCAUCCCCUGCAAUGGCACAACCCAAGUGGCCGGGAGGAAGAUUCCGACAAGUUUUGCAAAGUCGAUUUGCAGAUGGCUGGAUCAUAUCAGUAUCGAUUUAACCAAUCCAAUCAGAACAGCGGUGAAGGUUACAUCGUGGUGGAUCCGGUGCUGAGAGUUGGUGCCGAUGACCGUAUUCUUCCCUUGGAUUGCAUCACCAUUCAGACUUUCCUCUCCAAGUGCCUGGGGCCAUUUGAUGAGUGGCAGGACAGGCUGCGCGUAGCCAAGGAGUCAGGCUACAAUAUGGUGCACUUUACACCCCUGCAGACCCUCGGGAAGUCUCGAUCUUGUUAUUCUCUGGCCGACCAGUUGCAACUUAAUCCAGACUUCUCCAGACCGGGGCAGAGUUAUGACUGGAGCGAUGUCGGCAAACUGGUGGAGAAGAUGAGGAGAGAAUGGAACAUGUUGUGCAUCACAGACGUUGUGUAUAACCACACAGCUUCUAACAGCAAAUGGAUCCAGGAGCACCCGGAGUGCAGCUACAACCUUGUAAACUCCCCGCAUCUUAAGCCGGCGUGGCUUCUGGACCGAGCUCUGUGGCACCUAACCUGCAGCGUGGCUGAUGGGAAGUUUGCGGCCCGGGGGCUCCCAGCACUGAUAGAGAAUGAUCAGCAGCUAAACAACAUUCGUGGCAUCGUAUGGGAGGAGAUCUUCCCCAGACUCAAACUCUGGGAGUUCUACCAGGUCAACGUGGCUGUAGCUGUGGAGCAGUUCAGAGCCCUGCUCACCUCUGGCGGUGCUCAGAAGCAGGGAACCAAAUCCGACAAAAAGCAACUCGUGAUAGUCCAGGACCCGGAGUACAGACGCUUCGGGAGCACCGUGGACAUGGAGACGGCUCUCAGCACCUUCAUACCAAACAGUAAUGGGCCGGCAGCCAUAGACGAAUGCUGCAACUGGUUACGCAAGAGGCUGGAAGAGCUGAACUCUGAGAAGCACAGACAGAUGAACUUCCACCAUGAACAGGCAGUGAAUUGCAUUUUGGGGACCAUGACGUAUGAACGUUUGGCAAACAACGGUCCAAAGCUUGGAGCCAUAACCAGGAAAGAUCCUAUUGUCACCAGCUAUUUCACUUUCCCAUUUGGAAAAAUGUCCCUAGAAGAGGAGGAGCCACUUAUGCACCAACCCGAUAAAGCGUGCUACUUCAUGGCCCACAACGGCUGGGUCAUGGGGGACGAUCCUCUGCGCAAUUUUGCUGGACCAGAUUCUAACGUGUACCUGCGCCGAGAGCUCGUCUGCUGGGGGGACAGCGUGAAGCUGCGCUAUGGCGACAAACCGUCUGACUGUCCUUAUCUGUGGGAUCACAUGAGGAAAUACACAGAAAUCACCGCCACGCACUUUCACGGAGUCCGUCUUGACAAUUGCCAUUCUACUCCCAUUCACGUCGCCGAGUACUUGCUGGAUGCUGCUCGGAAGCUGCGGCCGGACUUGUAUGUGGUGGCCGAGCUGUUCACUGGGAGUGAGGAGCUGGACAAUGUGUUUGUCACUAGGCUGAGCAUUAGCUCCCUCAUACGAGAGGCCAUGAGUGCGUACAACAGCCACGAGGAAGGCCGGCUUGUAUACCGCUAUGGCGGGGAGCCGGUGGGGUCCUUUGUGCAGCCUUCUCUCAGACCCCUGGUCCCUGGAAUUGCCCAUGCACUCUUCAUGGAUGUCACACAUGACAAUGAGAGCCCUAUUACACAUCGUUCCGCUUACGAUUCAUUGCCUAGCUCAGCUAUUGUGUCUAUGGCAUGCUGCGCUACCGGGAGCACCCGGGGAUAUGAUGAACUGGUGCCGCAUCAGAUUUCUGUGGUGACGGAGGAGAGAUUUUACACUAAGUGGAACCCCAAUGUUGCCGUCCCCAAUGCCGGAGAGGUGAAUGUUAAAAGUGGAAUUAUCGCAGGGAAGAAAGCUCUGAAUAGGCUGCACCAAGAGCUGGGGGCCCGCGGAUUCGGUCAGGUUUAUGUGGAUCAAGUGGACGAGGACAUUGUAGCGGUGACCCGUCACUGUCCCCAUACACACCAGUCAGUGGUGGCCGUAUCUAGGACGGCUUUCAGAGACCCGAAAACUUCUUUCUACAGCAAGGAGGUGCCACAGAUGUGCAUCCCAGGAAAAAUCGAGGAGGUGAUACUAGAAGCCAGGACGGUGGAGCGGAGCACGGAGCCCUACAGACAGGAUGAGCAUUUCAUCAAUGGCCUACCUCAGUAUACAGUGGAGAUCAGGGAGCACAUUCAGCUCACAGACAGUAAAAUUGUCAGACAGGCCGGAGUGACAACCAAAGGGCCAAAUGAAUACGUCCAAGAAAUCGAGUUUGAGAACCUGACCCCAGGAAGUGUCAUUGUAUUCAGGGUGAGCUUGGAUCCCAACGCCCAGAAAGCUGCGGGUAUCUUGCGCAAUCAUUUGAUCCAGUUCAGACCACAUUUCAAGUCGGGCAGCGUGACGGACGACGAGAAGUAUCCCAUCCUGAAGGUUUCAUUUGAGACAAUUGCAUCCAAGCUGUGUCUGUCCGACCUCAACCAAGUGCUAUAUCGCUGCGAUUCAGAGGAGCAGGAAGAUGGCGGUGGUGUUUACAACAUACCAAACUGGACUCCUUUAAAGUAUGCUGGUCUGCAAGGUUUAAUCUCAGUCAUGGCCGACAUCCGACCUAAGAAUGAUCUGGGGCAUCCGUUCUGUGAUAACCUGCGGUCCGGAGACUGGAUGAUCGAUUACCUCAGUAACCGCCUUAUAGCUCGCGGAGGAUCGUGUGCAGAAGUGGGCAAUUGGUUUGCAGCGAUGUUCUCGUACCUGAAGCAGAUUCCUCGUUACCUUAUCCCGUGUUACUUUGACGCCAUAUUGCUUGGAGCAUACACAACGCUUUUGGAAGCUGCUUGGAAACAGAUGUCUAGCUUUGUGCAGGACGGUUCCACCUUGGUGAAGCAUUUGGCUCUGGGGUCGGUGCAGAUGUGCGGAGUUGGAAGAUUUCCUGCCCUCCCGGUGCUGUCCCCUUCCCUAUCAGAUGUGCCGUACCGCACCAACAAUAUUACUCAGGAGAAGGAGCAGUGCUGUCCGUCACUUGCAGCCG